AUGGCUACAAAAAUAGCAGUCGUAACUGGCGCUAAUAGAGGUUUAGGAUUUGCUGUGGUAAAAGGCCUUUGUUUAAAAUUCAACGGCAAAGUAUAUUUAACAGCACGAAAUGAAGAAAGUGGCUUGGAAGCUGUGAAUAAGUUAAAAUCAAUAGGUCUGUGUCCAGAAUUUCAUUUACUUGACGUAAAUAUUGAAGACAGUGUCAAAAAUUUCGCGGAUUUCAUUAAAAUAAAACAUGGUGGAUUGGACGUCUUAGUGAACAAUGCAGGUAUUUUGGAACGGGAUGAGAUAUAUCCAUCUUAUGACGCUGCAAAACGUAAUAUUGACACAAAUUAUCGCAGCUUACUAACAAUUGAAAAGUAUUUAUACCCCUUACUAAGAGAUGGCGCUAGAGUCGUGAAUAUUUCAAGUGCAUGUGGACAUCUAUCAAAUAUAAAAAAUAAAAAAUGGCUUAAGUUAUUGCAGAAGAAGGAUUUAAAAACUGAAGAAAUUAAUGAAUUUGUUAAUGAAUAUCUUGAAAGCGUGAAAAAUCAAACAUUCAAUAAAGAUGAUUUUGCCGAUCAAGGUAAACAUGCGGAGCACAGAGUAUCAAAAACGGCAUUAACUGCGUUGACUAUGGUACAACAAAGAAAAUAUUUUGAUAGAAAUAUUUCUAUAAAUGCAGUGCAUCCAGGACAUGUGAAAACAGAUAUGGCAAAUGGAGGUGGUGUAUUAGACCCUGACCAAGCUGCUGACACAAUUCUUUAUUUAAUUUUGGAUGCUUCUUCAAAUCUAAAAGGUACAUUCAUGUGGCAUAAUAAAAAGCUUGUUGACUGGUAUGAUACCGAUGGCGACUAUUACUGUAAAGACCUUUGGUAA